AAACAAUAACCAACAACUAUCAUGACUAUCAAAUACGACAUUACUCCAUCUGACGAAGCUGAACGUUCUGACGUUGUUCCAUACUAUACCCCAAAGCAACCAGUUCCAGCCGGGACUAUCUACCAAGAGGAUGAUAAAGCUGAAGUUCCUAAAUUGUUUCAACCUAUUCAAGUAGGAAACCUUCGUUUACAUAACCGUAUUGGUGUUUCUCCAAUGUGUAUGUACUCAGCCGAUGAUAAGUUAGAAGCUACCCCUUUCCACUUAAUCCACUAUGGUUCCAUUGUCUCGCGUGGUCCAGGUAUUACCAUUGUUGAAAGUGCUGCCGUAAGUCAUGAUGGUGGAUUAUCUCCACAUGAUUUAGGUAUUUGGACUGAUGCUCAAGCGGAAAAGUUAAAGCCUAUUGUUGAUUUUGCUCACUCUCAAAGUCAAUUAAUUGCAAUUCAAAUCAACCAUGGUGGUAGAAAAGCUAGUGGGCAACCAUUAUUUGUUCACUUGGAACAAAUUGCCGACAAAUCCGUUGGUGGAUGGCCAGACGAUGUUGUUGCUCCAUCCUCAAUUGCAUUCAGACCACAUGGUAACUAUAAAGUUCCACACGAAUUAACCAAGAAGGAUAUUGAUAGAAUUGUUAAUGAUUUUGGGGAUGCAGCCAAGAGAGCUGUUGAAAUUAGUGGAUUCGAUGCUAUUGAAAUUCAUGGUGCUCAUGGAUAUUUGAUUAAUGAAUUUUACAGUCCUAUUUCCAACAAGAGAACUGAUGAAUAUGGUGGCAGUUUUGAAAACAGAACUAGAUUUUUAGUUGAAGUUAUUGACAAUAUCAAGUCCAAGAUCCCAAGUACCGUUCCAGUUUUCUUGAGAAUUUCCGCAGUGGAAAAUUCGCCAGAUCCAGAAGCUUGGACUAUCGAAGAUUCUAAGAAGUUGGCUGAUUUAGUUAUCACUAAAGGUAUUUCUUUACUUGAUAUUUCUUCUGGUGGUAAUGAUUACCGUCAACCACCAAGAUCAGGUUUAUCCAAGAGUACUGACGGUCCAAAAGAACCAAUUCAUGUUCCACUUGCCCGUGCCAUUAAACAACAUGUUGGCGAUAAAGUAGUUGUUGCUACUGUUGGUGGACUUCAUGAAGAUCCAGCUUUAAUUAAUAAGUAUAUCGAAAAAGGUGACUUUGACCUUGCCUUAGUUGGUAGAGGAUUCUUAAGAAAUCCUGGUUUAGUUUGGGAAUUUGCUGACAAAUUAGGCGUUAGAUCUCAUCAAUCUUUACAAUAUGGAUGGGGUUGGUGGCCUAACAGACAACAAGUGAUUGACUUGAUUGAAAGAACUAGCAAGUUGCAAGUUUAAUGUAGAUGAAUAGAGUUAUAGAUUGUAUAUGAAAUUGAACGUUUGAAAAUGU